UGUACGUAAAUUACAAGUCAGUUGUGUUUAUUUUGACAAAUCUGUGAUUUUGUUAUGUAGGCUGCUUUGAGUAACAGUGUUACAGCGAGAAAACGAGGAGAAACAGUUUGUCGUAGGGAAACAUAUUUCGACAUAACACGCCGCUACGCCCACAUUAUCUAAUAAGGCUACGCCCCUCACCAAAUCAACGCGCAUGCUCAGUACGAGCUCGAUACCGGCGCGCUCUCGUACCACCCGCUCCACCGCUCCACAGGCAAACUACGGCAACGGUGAAAGCUCAAACAUCAAAUAAAGCAGCAGUGGUACUCAUAUGUAUAUAAACACUGGUACUCAGAUAUAAAUACGUAUAUGACGCCUACUGUAGUUGUGUCUAUGGCCACAACGUCCUGCGGCACCGGGAACGAGCUUUUACAGAGCAUGCGCGUUGUUUGCGUGGAAGAGGAAACCCAAAUGGCACGGGGACUCAUACCGACAAAACACCUAACUUCUCAGCAUUCCCUCAAAGGAAAUAAUGUCUCAAAAGUAACAGCGAUGAAGGUGUAAGGUGUGUGUGAGCUGGUGUGACUUCAGCAGCAUGGAUCAGUGUGGGGACAGAGAGGAGGGAGUCCCUCCCAGAGAACAUGAGAGCCAGAGUGAAGCUCAGAGGAGAAGACCUGGACCAGAACCUGGAUCAGAACCCAGCUGUGUGUCCUUUAAGAGCGACCAGUCUAAGGAUCCUCCCAUUGCCUUUAAACUAAUUGUUCCCAGUGACCAACAAAGCACAGAAGGUCUUGGUGAUCAGUCUACCCAGAAGAAUCCAGCUGGACUGGAUUCCAUAUUUAAGGAUCUGAAGGACAACAUUAACACUUUUAUGAGUAAGGAACUGCAGAAGAUACAAAGGGUUCUGAGUCCAGACUACCAAGAAGAUUUAGAGAGUCAGAGGGAUGAUGGAGAGCUGCUGGAGGGUGUAGAUAAAGAACAGCAGAGACGCAACAGAGAAGCGUUUGUGACCAUCGCUGUGGACUUCUUGAAAAGAAUGAAACAAGAGGAGCUGGCUGACCGUCUGCUGAGCAAAUCUCCGGUAACUUGCAAGAAUAAACUCAAAACUAAAAUGAAGAAUAAGUUUCAGCAUUUGUUUGAGGGGAUCGCUAAAGCAGGAAAGCCGACCCCAUUGAAUCAGAUCUACACGGAGCUCUACAUCACAGAGGGAGGGACUGGAGCGGUCAGUGAUGAACAUGAGGUCAGACAGAUUGAAACAGCAUCCAGAAAAGCAGCCAGACCAGAAACAACAAUCAGACAAGAAGACAUCUUUAAACUCCCACCAGGAAGACAUGAACCAAUCAGAACAGUGAUGACGAUGGGAGUGGCUGGCAUCGGGAAAACAGUCCUAACACAGAAGUUCACUCUGGACUGGGCUGAAGACAAAGCCAACCAGAACAUCCACUUCCUGUUUCCGUUCACCUUCAGAGAGCUGAACCUGCUGAAGGAGAAGAAGUUCAGCUUGGUGGAACUUGUUCAUCACUUCUUUACUGAAACCAAAGAAAUCUGGAGCUUUGAAGAGUUCCAGGUUGUUUUUAUCUUUGAUGGUCUGGAUGAGUGUCGACUUCCUCUGGACUUCACCAAGAAUUUGGUUCUGAGUGAUGUUAGAGAGUCCACCUCAGUGGAUGUUCUGCUGACAAGCCUCAUCAAGGGGAACCUGCUUCCCUCUGCUCACCUCUGGAUCACCACAAGACCUGCAGCAGCCAAUCAGAUCCCUCCUGAGUGUGUUGGCAUGGUGACAGAGGUCAGAGGGUUCACUGACCCACAGAAGGAGGAGUACUUCAGGAAGAAGUUCAGAGAUGAAAAGCAGUCCAAGAAGGUGAUUUCCCACAUUAAGUCAUCACAAAGCCUCCACAUCAUGUGUCGGAUUCCAGUCUUCUGCUGGAUCACCGCUACAGUUCUGGAGGACAUGAUGGAGACCAGAGAGGGAGAAGAGCUGCCCAAUACCCUGACUGAGAUGUACAUCCACUUCCUGGUGGUUCAGACCAAAGUCAAGAAGAUCAAGUAUGAUGGAGGAGCCGCGACAGAUCCACACUGGAGUCCAGAGAGCAGGAAGAUGAUUGAAUCUCUGGGGAAACUGGCUUUUGAUCAGCUGGAGAAAGGAAAACUGAUCUUCUAUGAAUCAGACUUGGUAAAGUAUGACAUCGAUAUCAGUGCAGCGUCGGUUCGCUCAGGAGUGUUCACACAGAUCUUUAAAGAAGAGAGAGGACUGUACCAGGACAAGGUCUUCUUCUUUGUUCAUCUGAGUGUUCAGGAGUUUCUGGCAGCUCUUCACGCCCAUCUGACCUUCAGUGACUCCCAAGUCAAUCUGCUUGAAGAACAACAAACAACUUUCCACGAGUCUAAAACAAGAACAAGCAAAGAUGCCGAGAUACACUUUUACCAGAGGGCAAUAGAAAAGGCCUUACAGAGUUCUAAUGGACACCUGGACUUGUUCCUCCGCUUCUUCUUGGGUCUUUCCCUGGGGACCAAUCAGACUCUUCUACAGGGCCUCCUGACGCAGAAAGAAAGUUGGCAACAGACCAAUCAGGAGACCGUCCAGUACCUCAAGGAUAAGAUUGGUGGGAACUUGACUGCUGACAAACUCAUCAACCUGUUCCAUUGUCUGGGUGAAGUCAAUGACUGUUCUCUGGUGGAGGAGAUCCAGCAGUCACUCAGUUCAGGAAGUCUCUCCACAGAUCAAAUGUCUCCUGCUCAGUGGUCAGCUCUAGUCUUCAUCCUGUUGUCAUCUGUUAAAGAUUUGGAUGUGUUUGACCUGAAGAAAUAUUCUAAUUCAGAGAAAGCUCUUUUGAAGUUGCUACCGGUUGUUCAAACAUCCAACAAAGUUCUGUUAAGUGUUUGUAACCUCUCAGAACAAAGCUGUGAGCUCCUGUCCUCGGUUCUAAAGUCCAGUUCUGCUAGUCUCAGAGACCUGGACCUGAGUAACAAUGACCUUCAGGAUGAAGGAGUGAAGCUUCUGUCUGAUGGACUGAAGAGCACCAAAUGUGUCCUUAAAACUCUACGCCUGUCAGGGUGUCUGAUCACAGAGGAAGGCUGCGCUUUUCUGGUGUCGGCUCUGAAGUUGAACCCCACCCUUCUGGAAGAGCUGGACCUGAGCUACAAUCACCCAGGAGAGGAGAGUGUGGAAGCACUGACUGCUGGACAGAGGAAUCCUGACUGGAGCCUGAAUAAACUCUGGCUGGAGCCUGCUGGAGACAGGUGGUUGACACAUGGUCUGAAGAAGUAUUCCUGUCAGCUCACAAUCAAUGAAGAAACAAUCAACGGAAAGCUCAAGCUUUCAGACAACAACAGGAAGGUGACGUGUGUGGACGAAGAUCAAAAGUAUCCUGAUCACCCCAACAGGUUUGACUUUUGGCCUCAGGUGAUGUGCACGGACAGUCUUCCCGAUCGCUGUUACUGGGAGGUCAUAUGGAACGGAAAGGUUGAGAUAUCGGUGACUUACGAAGGAGUCCAGCGCAAAGUGAAAAGUAACGACUGCGAGUUUGGAUUUAACAGUAAGUCCUGGACUCUGAGUUGUUCUGAUGAAGGUCGAUACUCGGUCUGCCACGACAGCAAAAGAGAGUACAUCUCCUCCUCCUCCUCGUCUAGUCCCGCUCACAAACUGGGCGUGUAUGUGGAUCGUUCUUCUGGCACACUGUCUUUCUACAGAACCUCGUCUUCUACACCGGUCCACCUGCACACCUUGACGGCCAAGUUUACUGAACCUCUGUACCCUGGAUUUGGGUUCUGGCCUGGUUCUUCGGUCUUUCUUUGUUCAGCUGAGCCAUAAGCUAAGUUUUCGCUAGAAAAGUUCCGGGACAUUUCUGGGUUUGGUUCCUGAAACCGGUCCUUUCAGGCCGGUGCAGUAAAACCAAGACAGAUAUGCCAUGAAGGUCAGGUAAAUUUACGCAGAGGUUCUGAUAGUGGAAACGGGCCAGUAGACACAAACUAAAUGUCCUCUCAGUUCUUCUGAUUUAAAUAACAAUUGCAACUGAACCCUCUUAAGCUGGGCGGACACUAGAGGUGGGAAAAAUGAUCGAUUCUAAGAUGCAUCGCGAUUCAGCCGUGCAUGAUUCCAUAUCAAUGCAGCAACGUGACAUAAUGAGAUUUUCUCCCUAUGUCUAUGCAGGACAAUAAAGUUUUGAGGUUUUACAACUAAUUCUGAGGGCAGAGUUGCAAUGACAUGCGCACUGCGUUGCCCUAGCGCCAAUUUAAAACAGAAAAGGCGGACAGGGAUACAGGGCCAACAUUACCAGUAAUCAAAGAUGUACCCGUUACAUUUAAAUCGGAUGUUUGGGCUAAUUUCGGUUUUGGGAUCCUGGAUGUGAAAGAAUCACUUAACACAGUAUUUGUUUACUAUUUUUAAGUUCAGUAAUAUUCUAUCUUAAAGCUGCUCUACCGAAAACAUUAUUUCUUAUAUUAUUUAAGUAAUUAUAGGCAGCACACUUUAAAAAUUAUUGCUCACUAUAGUGAAUAGAUGGAUGUUCUGUUUUUCAGGGAUAUCGAAAUCAAAAAGAAAUUGAAAACUAUUCUACUGCUUUUAUUAAGUAAAGAAAAUUUUGUGUGAAGAAUCGUGAUGCUUUUCAGUCUCAAAUCGAAUCGUUAGGCAGAUAAUCGGAAUCGGAUCGAGUCGUGAGGCAGGUAGAGAUGCACACCACUAGCGGACACUGUGCGACUUUUUCACUCGCAGCGUUCAGCUUCAGCUCAAACUGUACGAUUUCCUCGCAGGGUAGAUCUCACGAGUCGUGUGCUCUCACUGCACGACCCAGUUCUCGGAUGCGACCUGACUGCUCACACUGUACGUCUGGUAGCAACACGUCGGACCUAAAAAUAUGCUAAAAAAAGCAGUUUUUACUCAACACGUUAGACUUUUUUGUCUUGCCUGUUGUCCUUCGGGAGUGCUGCAGGAGGACACACAGGGAUUUAUGGGGGUUGGAUGAGGAAAACGAAAUAAAGAAAGUAAAUCUGUGUUUUGUGAUCAGUUUAAUUUGACAUGAACACGACAAACACGCUUUCUUGACAAUCUUUGUGAGUAAAACAACGUGUAGAAAUAAAAACGAACAACGUGUGUUAUUAGGGAAAUAGCGGGAGAGCGGUGUUGAUGCAUGAUUGCGCAUGCGCCGUGAGCGGUUCUGGUACUUUUUGGGUCGCAGCCGCUCGCAGCGCCGCUUCAACAGUGCGAUACCCUCACGAGGGACGAGCAAAAUAUCAAACACUCCAGAAGCCAUGCGAGCUCACUUUUGCUGAUCGGUAGCUGGUCACGUGGCGUUAAUCGCCUCUCGUAACCCCCGGUACACUACACGACGCUCAGCGCAAAACUCGCCCCGAUCUCGUGGAUUCUCGCACGAGUGGAAAAUCGGCUCAGAACGUGAAAAAGUCGCACAGUGUACGCCCGGCUUUAGAGGAUUGCGCGCCAAACCGGUUUAAAAAGAUCUGUCUCUGUCUUUAACUGGCUGACGUUCCUUUGAAGAAGCUGUUGAAACAUUGACAUUCAAACAAAACCAAGGUAGGAUUUCAACACCAUCUUCUCAUAACUUCUUGAAGAUGUCCAACUACACAUUUCUUUAGUUUGUAUCUAUCUUCUUUACUGAUGGGGAUAGACCUGUUGGUACCACGUUGUUAAUGAGAGAAACGCUGAAAUUCACAAAAGUAAAAAUAUUUUAGGAUUUACAGAAAAUUUGCUUUUGAAUUGAAACCCCCCCCCCCCCCCCCCCCAAUCCACAAUAGUGGUUAGGAGUUCACCCUGUAAUUAGUGGGUUGCUGGUUAGAACCCAUGCUCUGUCACUGCCAGUCAUUGUGUCCUUGGGCAAGAUAGUUCAUCAAGAGCCACAAAUCUUCUGGGAGGACUUUCUUCGGACAGGUGGAACAAAAACUGGAGCUUUUUGGCCAAUCACAUCUUCUCUAUGAUCACAAGUCGCUAACAUGAAGAACGCUGAAGCUGCUGUGAAACAUGAAGGCUAGGUUCUGCUCUGGAGCUGCUUUACUGCAUCUUUACCAAGAAGUUCUGAUUCUGUCCAGGGACCAAUGAAACCUCAAGAUCAUCAAGGUGUUCUAGAGCUAAAUGUGCUGCUCGGUGAUAGAAUGUUUGGUUUCAGUCUCUGGAUAAAGACCCCCAAACACUCAGAAUCACCCAGGAAUGGUUCAAGACCAAACAUUAGACCAGUCAGAAGUGGUCCUCCAUGAGUCCUGAUGUUUGGAAGGAGCUGAAACACCUGGAGAUGGAACCUUUCAGACCUUGCUCAUGAGUAGAAGGUCUAACAGAACACCUGUGGACAGGUGAGAUGCCUCCCUGAGAGUUACAGAAAUCACUUGGUUACACCAAAAGUCCGAACAACUAAAUAUUAAAUUAAAUGAACCAUUUUUUUAAUCCUGGUAUGUUCCGUUAGUUUGUGAUGGAAAAGGUUCUGUUGAUCCACCAGUCAUAAGCAAUGUCAGAUUUUCAUCUGUACAUUUUUAGUCAAUUAUUAUUUUGUUUGAAGUUUUUUCAUUGACUCUUGUGGUUUCUUUGUCCAACAGCUGGGCACCAACCAUUUUAUCUACAUGUUUCAGUCUCACUUGAUUUUAAUUCAUAAGAUAAAAUGUAGGGAUGGACAUACAUCAGCAUCGAUAUCGACUAUGUUGGUCAUUUUUAAAGGGACAUUAUGGAAGUUAGACAGCCAAAACAUGUAUAGAAAUAAUAAAUGUCUUCUUCAUACAUUCUCCUGCAAUGCCCUGGUCCUGUAGAAUGAGCCCUGGCAUUUUUACUGUGAUUGCCUGUUUUUCUGUAAAAUCACAGAAAAAGAGAGAUGCUCGGGUCGAGCAGGCUGCUUCAUGCGCGUUCACGCUCAGGCAUAGCCCGUAGCAUUUGCUAUCUGUAGCUUUAGCAGCAGAGAGAGAGGCAGUGCCACUUUGUCGCUGUUCCUAACGCCUAGUGACAAAGCUAGCUACAUUUCUGAGGACCCUUAACUACUUUCUGUAGAACUUUCUUCUAGAUAUUUCCUGCAAAUUAGCAACAAAAUAGCCAUUUUCACUCCGAACCGUUCUUUGGUUUGACGUUGUUUCAGGUGUCAUCAAGGAUAUAAAAGUUACAGAUACUGUGAAUGUUACUAGAGUGUAGCUCACCUUGUAAGAUGUCUGACUCUCAUGCAGAAGACCUGGGUUUGAUUCUGGGUGUGAACAUAGUUUUUUUAGUUUCUUUUUUACAUUAAUAGUAUAUUUUUUUACAGUAAGAUGCCCAAAUUUUUAUUUGAGACUCGCCGAACGGCAUUGAAUUCACAGAUAAAAAAGAUGUGGGUUCAACUUUCAUUUUGGAACAAUUUUUCAAGCAAGGGAAGGGAAUGAUCUGAGCAUGCAGGAGGACUGACCCAUCAUAAACCUUUGUCGGCUGUGCUGAAGAGAAAGGUACAGAACCAAAUUAUUUAAUUAAUUAGCUGCAUGUUCUCCUGUCCUCUGUCCUCCGGGCCACACACACACACACAUACACACACACACACACACACACACACACACACACAGACUGUCUCAGCUGCUAUUUCCGUUAGGGAGUGUGCACGUACAGCAUGCGCGCCUCGUGCACAAGCCUAGUAUUGAAGCUGCCGUUAAGCUUUUGGCCUGAGGGGGCAAUCACGAGCAUAAAAAUUCAAAAGUCCGUAAAGUCCCUUUAACAUAUCGGUAUCGGUCCGAUAAAUAAAUAAUAAUUAAUACAUAAAAAUCGUAAUAGCUCAGUGGCCUAGUGGUAGAGUGUCCACCCUGAGACUGGGAGUUCAGGGUUCGAUUCCUGGUCGGAUCACACCAAAGUCUUUGAAAAAAUGGGACCCAGUGCUCCCUGCUUGACACUCAGCAUUAGAGGGUCGGAUUGGGGGGUUAAACCACCAAAUGGUUCCCGAGCGCGUCUGUGUUUGACGCUCAGCUCCCCCCAGGGGAUGGAUCAAAUGCAGAAGCCAAAUUUUGCACACAUCAGUGUGUGUGUGUGACACCUGAUGGGACUUUAAUCUUUAAAACCGGGCCAAUAUUAACAACCAAUAUUUUUCCACCUUGUCUCCAUUUAUUUGCAUGUUUCAGAGGGUGAGGGGGUUGAUGUGUAUUUGUUUAGUAAUGUGACACACAAAAUGUGUGUGGUGUGUGUGCAUAACAAAUUCAGCUUUAAUCAUUUUUAUGCUACACAGAAUCAGCUGAUUUUAGAAGCAUCAAUGUGAGUAUAUUGGUAUUGACAAAUAUUGGUAUCAGCCCAAAAUUUUCAGAUCGGUCCAUCACUAAUAAAAUGUGUCAUAUAUUCCUAACAUUAGUGCACAGCAAAAGUCUUAGUACAAUAUAUUUGCACAACUAAUAUUUUUACAAUGUACUGUAAAUGAAGUAAGUCACUAAGUUUCUUAAGUGUCAUAUUUUGUGAUCACACUGACAGACAGCGGUGAGUUUUGUGUAGCACCGACAUAUGAAGGUUAUAUUUCACAUAAUUAUAAGAAAAUGAGCUUAUUAGAAAAUGACAUUAUUUAUUCCUAUUUGUAAGUAAGUAGAACAUUAAGAGUUUGAUGCAUGGUAAAGCAUUAGGAAAUUUGGAAAGAUCAAGACUUUGUUUUUCUCGGAUGGCAAAUGUGAACUACAAAACAAUGAACUGUAACUUGCUGAGAUUAACGGUUCAAUAAAGUUUAGCUUAUGAAAGUC